AUGGAGGGCCCCGCCGCCGCGGCGCCCCCGCCCGCCCCGCCCGCCCCGCCCGUCCCGCCCGCCUCGCCCGCCCCGGCGCCCGCCCCCGCCCCCGCCCACCCGACCGUGGCCGACGUGGUGGCGGCGACCCACGUCGGGGCCAAGCGGCGGCGGGCGGGCCUCGCACCUCCUCCUGCCGCCUCCCCGGCUCCCGCCCCGGCCACCGUCACCGCCCCGACGCCCGCCCUCGCCGCCUCCCCGGCGCCCGCCCCGGCCACCAAGAAGAGCCGGCCGAAGGCGGCCUCUCAUGGGCCGCGAGGGGCGGCCUCCAAGGUCGUCGGCUCGUCCCCGGCCGUGACCAAGCCGCGGAAGAAGCCCGCGGCCCCGCCCGCCGCCGUCGCCGAACCUCCUCCCGCCGCGCACGAGGUGUUCGAGGAAAUGGCAACCCCAUCCUCGUUCAUGGACCUCCUCCAAAACGCGGAGGUGGACCUCGGAGCUCCGCCCCUAGACCCCUUUAGGGUUGGUGACGACUUGGAGGAAAAGGAGGAAGAUGAGGAGGAUGAAGGGGAUGACGAGGAGGAGGUGGCCGAGAUAGGGGAGGAGGCAUUCACCGCCGCUUCCCGCCCACACGCGCGGUCGACAAACUACACCGAGCCGGAAGAUGUCCUCUUGGUUCGUGCUUGGGCAGCUGUGGGAAUGGAUGCAACCACCGACACCGAUCAAACCGGUAAACGGUAUUGGCAAAGGAUCGAGGACGUCUAUUGUAGGAUCAAGCCGAAGAAUAGUGGGUUCAUCCAUCGCACUUUCCGGUCGCUUCAAGGCCGGUGGGAGUUGAUCAAGCCCGCUUGUGCUCGUUGGAGUGCGGCCAUGGACCAAGUGAGGGAUGCACCACCUAGUGGAACCGUGGAGAGCGACUAUGAGACAAUUGCCGGCAUGAGGUACAAGGAGAUGGCCGCUUCCAAGGGCAAGCCAUUCCCAUUUAAGCAUGUUUGGUCAAUUCUUCAAACCUUUGACAAGUGGAAGUUGAGGGAUCAAGAGACCGCACCCAAGAAGUCGGCAAUGCUAAGGAUGGAUGAUAGUGAAGAUGAGGAGGAGAGGAACUUGGGCAAGCCCGAGGGAACCAAGAAGGGCAAGCUAAGGGUGAAGAUGGAAGAAGAGGCGUCAAGCCUAAGGGAGAAGAUGGACCACAUGAUGAAGGCAAGAGAGGAAUUGACAACGAAGACAUUGGAGACGAAGCUUCUUAUCACCGAGAAGAAGAAAGAGGUCAAGCUUGCACAAGUUGAAGCAAAGCGUGAAGAAGCAAAGCGCAAGGCCGAGUUGGAGGAGAGGAUGAUCAAGCUCAAAGAGGCAAAGGUAUGGAAAGAACUCAUGGUGGAAGAGAAAGAGCACAUUAUGAUGUCCAAGAAGGACAUGGAUCAAGACCAAUUGCAAUGGUGGAAGGACACCAAGGAGGACAUCGCAGAGAGGAAGAGGAUGUUCCAUGUUGCGUCCUCUACUUUCCGAGGUGACACUCCGAUGAGUAGUUGUGGUGAUGGCGGUGUGUACGACUCCACCGGUGCCGAUGGAGAUGCUUGA